AUAGAUACUGUUGAUAUUCCGUUUCAUUACCGAGGAAACUGAGGUACAGAGACUUUACUUGAGGACCGAGGACUCGAACACCUCUCACACUAGAGGCUGGCUAGGGCUGGGUAUCCUCAAGCCGCACGACCGAGUCUGGGGCAGCCAUCUUGCUUGUAGUCUGCAAGGACCACAACUCCCAGCAUCCCUCCCGGCGGCGGCUCUCCCUCCACACACAACAAAUCCCGGCGUGCCCCUGGGCGGCCCGGGGUGGAGGGUUCUAGAAGGCGUGACGUGGGGUCGAAGCGGGUUUGGAGGCGGGCGCCUCUCGGCAGUCGCAGUGGCGGCAGCUGCCGGGCCUGGGGACGCGGGUGGCCGGGGCCGCGGUCGCAGCUUCCUCGACUCUCCGGCCAUGGCAGCGCUUGGCCGGCCCUUCAGCGGCCUCCCCUUGAGCGGCAGUUCGGACUUCCUGCAGCCGCCGCCGGCCUUCCCCGGCCGGGCCUUCGCGCCGGGAGCCGGCGACUCGGAGCUGGCCCCGCGGCCGGGACCCCGCGCCGCCCCGAGCUGCCCCGGCGGGAGCGCGGCGCGCGGACGUGUUUCCGUUCACUGUAAAAAGAAACACAAGCGAGAGGCGGAGGAUGAUGAGUGUCCAGUAAGAAAGAAACGACUUACUGAAGCAGAACUUUGUGCUGGUCCAAAUAAUUGGAUUCUCUGUACGCAUCAGGAUGUAGAGGGUCAUGGAGUAAAUCCAUGCACUAGUGGCCUUUCUGUACCUGGAAUGUUGGAUGCUGUUUUUGAAGAAAUGGAUCAGACAUCUGGAGAACCACAAUGUGAAGUUGCCCGAAGGAGGCUUCAGGAGAUUGAGGACAGAAUAAUUGACGAAGAUGAAGAAGUCGAAGCUGACAGAAAUGUUAACCAUCUCCCCAGUCUUGUCCUUUCUGACACCAUGAAAACAGGUUUGAAGAGAGAAUUUGAUGAAGUCUUUACAAAGAAGAUGAUUGAGUCUAUGAGCCGUCCUUCCAUGGAGCUUGUGCUCUGGAAACCUCUCCCUGAACUCCUUUCUGAUAAGCCAAAGCCAUCAUCUAAUGCUAAGAACUACACGGGAGAGAGCCAAACUAAACAUGCAUCUGCUGGCACUGCCUUCCCGCAGAGGACUGAACUGUUCUUGGAACCUCGGCAAACAGGGAUGCCUCUUUACACUAGUUUGGAAACAGCUGCUAGCACAGAAGAAGAGAUGGAACUCUAGAAACCAGUUUCUACACUACAGUUGUCAAAUUUAGGAGGCUCCUGUGUUUAGUGAUGAGCCUACUUGCUUAGUAUAGGGACUUGAAAGUUUUAUGAAACGGGUGUAAUAAUAUCUCCACCUGUGACUUGGGGUGGGACUCUCAUUUUGGGUAGCCAUUUAUUGACUUCAACUUUUUGCCAAGGAAGCUUGUCUUAAGGGAAAAGCACCUAGCAGGCUUAUUAAAGGAGUGUUAGUCUCCUCAAAGGCAAGUAUAGAAGUUAUAUGUAUGUGUAAGGGUGACUGAAGUCAUCUGUCACUUUGUAAGCCAUUCAUAAACUUGGAGAACAUUCUUGAGUUGAAAAAGAUGAGAAAGAGGGAGUCACAGCAUAGUCUGUGGAUUUGAGCUGUUUACAGCGGGGACUAUAUGUGAUUGGGGAGCAGGAGGAAAGAAAGCAUUAGCUUAAGCCUCUUCCUAAAAAAUUUAACAGAGGCUAUGAAAUAUGUGUAUUAGUUGUCAGUUCAACAUAGCUGUGUUGAUUAUAUAGCUAGCAUGUGACUGGCUAUAAAUAGCAUGUGGCUCUCUGUGCCUCAGGUAAAUUCGAUGAAAAUACAAAGAAAAGGUUUUUUCCUUCUAAUGUUGCUCCUUGGUCUCCCUUGCAGAGUUGAUAAACCAGGUUGUUCGGCAGUGUUUACAGCUUAAUUAACUUUGAUAGUUAAAAAGAUUGUGAGCUAACCCAUCUGCAAAUCGCCUAUGGGAGAAGCAAGCAUCCUUUAAUUAAUCCUGAAGAAGUGCAGUGUCAGCUGAACCCAGCAUUGAUAACCUGUAUAGUUUAAAAAAAAAGGCAAGAUAGUAUUAAGAAGUUGAGUUGUUAAAUGUUAAUUUCAAAAACAGUGAAUGAUUAAUUGAGAAUAUAUAUGGGCAAAUGACAUUGAGAUUUACUGAAAUAGCCAAUUUGUCUGGUGCUUAAAUUAUUGUGCAGUAAGCCUUCAAGUUAAUAGAGGAUGGCUUCCUGCUAGCAGGAAAUCUUUAUCUUCUUGAGUACCUGAACCAGGCUCAAGAUGUCCUUUGGGAAUAGCUAGGAUUAAAGUUCUUAAUUUCUCAGGAAGAGCUCUUAUGUGUCGCAAGGACUCCAUGCAAGGUAAAAUGACAAUUUCUUCAUUGCUACAGAACACUCACUAGACGUUAUUAAAUGAGUGUAAUACUGGCCCUUUCAUCACCCAACAGGAGACCACCCCAGUUCUUAUUUUUUUGGUUUCUUCUCCCUUUGUAAGAAAGAGAUACCUUUUGUAGAAAAAAAAAUUGGUUUAUGCCAAGUAGAGGUGAAUUUAUAGAAACCAGCUUCCAGGCAUUUUUGAAACCCAUGCUGAAAUCCCUCCCCUUGUUACAGAUGGUGUAGAAGUCACAAGUCUGUUAGACUGUUUCUUCUCUUGCCUGUUGUUUCUGCUUUCUGUAUUUCUGUCUGGAUGUCAGGAAAAGAUUUAAUGUUUAAUAUUUAAACAAAAUAUUUAAUGUCUACACAGUAAAAUUAUUCAAACUUCAAACCAGUAUUGAAACCAGUUGGAAACCAGCUAAUAGUUUCUUAAUCUCAAACUUAGAGAUGAAUGUAAACUGUAUUCUGUUGAAAUGUGCAAGUGUUUGAUUCAUGCAGUUUGAAAAACUCCUGCCUUGAGGUCAUUGUUUAAUGGGACCAACUUGUAAAGUUUAUAGCCUUAAAGAAAUCUCUGUGCUAAACGUUUGUUUUAGUACAACUCAAAAGCAUGAAGGGACUUACUAGGGUUUGGAGUUAGUCCCAGUGUUAGGGUGGAAAGGCAGAUGGCAGCUUUCCAAAGACAGAUCCAAAACACACCAAGAGUAUCUUCUGUGGAAAUUGUCGAAAGGAGCCUCUGAUCAGGGGUCUGCACCAUGAGAAGGGAGGGAGAGCUCCAAAAUGAGGCUCUAAUACAACGGGUAACAUAGGGGACAAUUGAGAUUCUGUUAAUUAAAAUCCAAGCAUUUGUUUCUGAGUCAAGUUAUCUGACAAAAUUAUUUCUGCAGGAAAAUGGAUGUUUAAUGCUCAUGUUUGGACUUUUAUAUUCUUGCGUAUGUUUGUACAAAAAUUUUCUUCAUCAUCCUUGUGGUGCUUAUUCAUCUGAGCCGUCUCCACCGCCCCAGUACAUUUUAUUUUUCUUUUGUAGCAUAAGGCUUUUGCUUUUGUCUUCAGGUUUCUCUUGGGAAUUAACAGAUCUUUUUGUUUUGUACAGUUUUUGCGGCAUGGAUCAAACAUUGGCUUACGAUGCUAAUGUGUGAAGAGAAAAAAAAAAUAAUCUAAAGCAGGUGAGCUUUAAUGAACAAAUGUAUAUUUUCCUCUGAGUUUGAAUAGGGUGUGUGCGUGUAUGCGUGUGGUGUUUUUUUUUUUUUUUUUAAUUUGAAGAAAGUCCAGUUCUCACAAAUAUUAAUCGGUUUUUUUCAGUGCUACUCAUUCUAGAACCAGGUACAAUGUAAAAUUUAGAAAAAUUAAGAAGGUAGGGGUUAGAACCAUGAGAAAAAUUUACCAGCAGGUUCAUUUGUUCUUUUGGAUCUGGAACUUGGUUUUGUUUUUGGUGCAGUACUAGAAAAGUUCUGGAAGAUGCUGUCAUUUUUACUUUAAAAUGAGAAUCUGGUGUUUCUGUAUUUUAUCAUUUUUAAUAAAACUUCUUAAGUGUUUUGGACUUUU